AUGUGCAUCCGCGAGCCAGCGGCGGAGUUCUUGGGCACCAUGACACUCGUUCUUUUCGGUGUGGGUGGCAUAUGUCAAGUGGGUCUGUCGUCGAGCGCCAGUGACUUCUUGUCUAUAAAUUUUGGUAUAGCUAUUGGUGUUGCAGUAGGUGUUUGGAUUGCGGGUGGUAUCUCUGGGGGACACAUAAACCCUGCUGUAACUGUUGCUUUGGCUACUCUACGUCGCUUUCCGUGGAAGAAGGUGCCUAUUUAUUGCGUUGCUCAGCUAGCGGGUGCCUUCUGCGGCGCCGGGAUAGUGUACGCCAACUAUCGCGAUGCAAUUAAUGCUUUCGAAGGUGGACCCGCUAUUCGAACGGUGGCAAAGACGGGAAGUCUAUUUGCCACAUAUGCCGCAGACUACAUGUCGAACGUCGGGUGUUUCUUUUCAGAGUUCUUGCCGUCUGCUCUCCUCAUGAUAGGCAUCCUGGCCUUCAUCGAUAAAAGGAACAACGCUGUUCCACCUGGUCUCCUGCCACUAGCCUUGUUCCUCAUCUUCAUCGGUAUCGGACUCGCCAUGGGACUCAACACUGGCUAUGCGGUAAAUCCUGCUCGCGACCUUGGUCCUCGGCUGUUUACCGCUAUGGUAGGAUACGGAAAAGAAGUAUUCACGUUCAGGAACCAGUACUGGCUUUGGUGUCCAGUAAUCGCACCGAUGGUGGGCUGCAUAGCCGGUGGCGUCGUGUACGAUGCGCUGAUCUAUACUGGGUCAGACAGUGUCAUCAAUACGCCGGAUGCCACUGUAAGAGAACAGCACACGCACACUUGCGCUGCGAUGCGGGACAAACUUGCGACAGGAGUUGACAUGGUUUAGAACAUUAUUGAUGGGUACCGUCGGGGAUGACCUCGAGGAUUUUUUGGUUAUAUAGGGCUUUCCGUUUACUUUCAAGGCUGGUUUCGUUGUGUUGUUGUGUGUAAUUUUUCACCAUGCGAGCUGGCUACAUGGCUACAUACCCUGAUCUAUCCUACUGCCUAAUUAAUCAAUC